CAUCUAGCUGAAAUGUUUUACAGUGUUUUAUUACAGUAUGUCUGGAUGUCUGAGAUUCACGCGCUGGAAUAUACGAUACCAAGUUGCUCACCGUUUUUAUGUAGGCAGAUCGGAUCUGGUUUUUUAUUAUUUCCAACUGAAUAUCGAGUUGUUGCACUGCGGUAAAUCAGAAGUGGACGCGCUGUCGUCGACGGCUGCCGUUCAAAUCUAUCAUAUGCAUGCGUAUGGCAAGCCAAUUUGACUUUUAAUCGUGCAUGUGGUAUAAGGAGAAAAAGCGAUAAGUGCCGCUCUCUACAGGUGCUUGAAACGGUGCCAGUUUCUAAAAAGAACUGGUUUUGUUGCCCGUUUACAUGCUAGAGGCUGGUUUGCUUUAAACCUAUGCUGUUUUUUCGAAACAAAAUACCCAAGGCUUGUAUAAAAGGUUGCACUUUAGUUGGAAGAGUUUAAACGUAUAAAGUAGCUAGUUCAUCAAAGUGAUGGAUUUUAAUAUGACAUGGAUAAAGAUUGCAUUUUGGUGCAUAUUUUAAAAUUUAUGAGAAUAUGUUAUGAGAUAUUGUAUGCUUUUCAAUGCUAUAAAAUUAAAAUCAGUUCAUGAAGAACUUAAAGUACAUUUUUAGAUCAUUUUAGAUCUGUGUCUGUCCAUAGGAUCAAAUCAGACUGCAUCUUCUAAAUGAAGUUACCCAGCCAUGCAAUGUUCCUGGAAGGCUGUUGUUCUGCUUGCAUUGGUGUCUGUAGCAAUCCAAUACACGGCAAUCAGGACUUUUACAACCAAGCAUUUUCAUAUUUGCCCGGUUCCCAACCCUUUGAACUGUGGUUUGGGACAGGACGUGGAGUCUUUUGAUCGGAUGUGCGAUGAGUACCCGUAUUUUAAUUACAAUUCCUCUAAGAGGACUCACAUCCUUAUCUUAGCGACCACACGUAGCGGCUCAUCUUUCUUCGGCCAGUUGUUCAACCAGCACUCAGAUGUGUUUUAUCUUUACGAACCUCUCUUUCACGUUCAGAAUACUUUAAUUCCUCACGUUCCUCCUAGUAGAUACAACACAGAGCGUAGAGUAACACUGGGAGCCAGCCGUGACCUUCUGCGAAGCUUGUACAACUGCGACUUGUAUUUUUUGGAGAGCUACAUUAAGCCGCAGCCGGCGAACCAUACCACGGACAAAAUUUUUCGACGUGGAGCUAGCAAAGCACUUUGCUCUGUGCCGGUCUGUGAUGCUUUUAGCCCGAGCGAAGGCAAUAUAGAAGAGGGGGACUGCAUUCGAAAGUGCGGCCCCCUCAACUUGACCCUAGCCACCGAAUCAUGCAGGGAAAGACACUACGUGGCCAUCAAGACGGUACGUAUACCAGAGGUCAACGAUCUUAAGGCGCUAAUCGAGGACCCCCGGCUUAACCUGAAAGUUAUUCAGCUGGUAAGGGACCCACGUGGGAUAUUAUCUUCCAGAAUCGAAACCUUUUGGGAAACAUACCGCCUGUGGCGCAUCUGGAAAGCCACAGGCCGUAAACCUUACAACUUGGAUUUGACCCUACUCACAACAGUGUGCGACGACUUUCUAAACUCGGUGUCCACGGGCUUGAGCAAACCGGCAUGGCUUCGAGGACGAUACAUGCUGUUAAGGUACGAGGAUUUGGCCAGGAACACCCUCGAAAAAACCAAAGAGGUUUAUGAGUUCCUCGGUCUUACGAUGGAAAAGAAUGUGGUGGAUUGGAUAAAUAACAACACGAGAGGCAAUAAUGACGCGUCAGCAAAGCAUAAGUACAGCACGCUGAGAGACUCAGCGGCCAAUGCGGAAAGCUGGAGGCUGAAAUUGUCUUAUGACAUAGUUGAUUACACACAAACUGUUUGUCAGCACUUUUUAGACGAGCUCGGGUACAAAGCUGUCAACUCCCCCGAGGAGCUGAAAAACAUGUCAGUGUCUCUCGUUGAAGACAAAACCUUCAUACCUUUUUUGUAACAAAGGUCAAAAAAUCAUGUGCACGCACAACUAUUUUUCUACAUUUAUAUCCUUGCCUUAAUGUGAUUGACAUUUGCACUAUGAACUUUUUUACAUUUGGAGACUCCCUCAUAAUCACCCUAUAAUUUUUUCUGAACAGCACAAGAACCAAAAUUUAACUGUAAAACGAUCCAGACUUCACCUUGAUUGCAGCGAUUGCAUCGAGAUCAUGUGAUUAAUGAUCAUGUUUAUUAUUUAUAUUUUAAAGCAGAGCACCACAAUAUUGACCAAGAAGUUUUGUAUGCAUUGCUUUGACAAUGGUGAAUGUGAAUAUCAUGUCGGUCAAAGGACCCAAACUAUUCUCCGGAAAAACAAACCAUAAUGUGGGACUAAAAUGCUGUAAUGUAUACAAACAGCCGUGCAAUAAAAUUGUGAAUGUCACCGUCAGACUCUUUCUCAGGUUGUUUCUCCGUGUAAAUUUUCGUCCGCCAGUCUGGAGUGAGAUUUAAGCUUGUGUAUGGUUUGCAUUUACAGAAAUCGUUAUGCAUUGGUGCUGUAUCUUGGUUAAAAGGGUCAUUUUAAGAAAUCUUAUGCACUUAUAUCUGGUUGCUUUGGGUGGUUAUGAUUUAUAUUUACAUUGUAAUAAUCAGUUACUGUUGUUACAUCAUCAUUACUGCAUAUAUGAGGUCUUUGUUUUUAUCUUGCUAAAUGUCAUAAUGCCACUGCAGAAAAACACAAUGCAAUCUGGUGUGUCAAGUUUUUAAGAGUGGAAAAAUUGGUACAAUGUAAUUUCUAUAUAAAAUGCAUGAAAGUAUUCUUUCUUUCAUGGCUUUCAUCCUCAAAUCACUGAACUGUGUUUUCCAUUAAAUCAGUACAUAUUGUUUGUAGAGUUCAUGGGAAAAUGUUUGGCUUUGUGUAUGUGAAAGAGAUUUUUGCUAUUUUUGAAUUCCUAAUAAACUUACAGAAGCAGAAACAUCACACAA